UUCGGCUCUGCUUGCCUAGCUGUGUGUCAUCCUGCUGCGCUACCGGUUUCGAUUCAAUCUCUGUGGGCUGGAUUGAAACGUGGCUUUGUUGUCGUCGCAUUGUUGCCCUGUUGCUUUUGCCUCACCGGUGGCUUGCUCUGCCUGCUCUAAUUUUGGUGCUGCUCGGCGGAGACUUGCUUGGAGUAUUGUAAUUCUGGAUGGAUGGAGAUAGCGGCCGAGCUUUCUCUUCGUACGUGGUUCACUAAUUGUUGAGUUCCAAAGUGCUUCACAUGUUUCCAUGAAUUACAAGGGGUGGCUUGUGAAUUCUUUUGUUUUUUGUAGCUCAAAGUUGUUUGUACCCGUGCACUGCCUUCUUUUCUAUUUUAUUUUUUUUCUCGCCAAUUCUCUUCGACUGUAAGCAGGUAAUUGAUUUUUAUAUGUUUUUUACUGCUUUCUUUGUUUGACCAGGACUGAAUAAUUAUUUCCCCCCUUUUUGAAGUCAAUAAUUGAUUUGUUUAUGUUUUGCUUUUUUUAGAAGUCGUACUUCUGCUUUGAUUUUGUUUAAUUUGGUUUCUUAGAUCGUUCGUAUCUGCUUUAAUUUCCCUUUAACUCCUAGAGAGACAAGAGAGGCAUGCUAUCGAUGGUGACGUCUCUGCAUUUCUUGCAUUCACGUUCUGCGCUUCUUUAUGCAACGAUUCGUUGUCCAAAGUGCUCAGUCUCGGGAUUCUGGUGGGAAACCUUUUCUGAAACGUUUUACUGAGUUGUUUAGUUAUACGGUGGGUGACAUGUCUGUGUUUUCCAGGGUAGCUUUUGUUUUGCUUACCGCGGUUUCAACUUUUUUUUGUUUGAUGUGCUCUUUAUUUUAUUAUUACUUUGUUUUUUCUAAUCAGUGAGGGCUAUGUUCGAUUUUUACAUAAUUUAUUUACAAACGAAACAUUGUUAACCCGACAGAGAGGGAUUGGGAAACUCUGAUUACAUGAUUGGUCAGUUUUUCUGCAGUGUUCCUUUUUCAGAAGAUGCUGGGAGACUUUUCUCAUAAUUCUUGUGGUGUAUUCUGCAUGGGUUUCCCCAUUUGAGUUUGGCUUCAUUCGGAAACCGACGGGCGCCCUAGCUGCAGUGGACAAUGUCGUGAAUGCGUUCUUCGCAGUGGACAUCAUCCUGACCUUCUUUGUAGCUUACUUGGAUAGAAUGACAUACCUGCUUGAAGAUGAUCCGAAAAGGAUAGCUUGGCGGUAUACUACCAGUUGGUUUGUCCUUGACGUGGCCUCCACCAUCCCAAGUGAAUUUGCUCGGAGGAUACUACCACCAAACCUCAGGUCAUAUGGAUUUUUCAACAUGCUUCGUCUAUGGCGUCUCCGUAGAGUCAGCUCUCUCUUUGCUAGAUUGGAGAAAGAUAGACAUUUCAAUUACUUCUGGGUUCGAUGUGCAAAGCUCAUAUGUGUCACACUUUUUGCUGUCCACUGUUCGGCAUGCUUCUACUAUCUUCUCGCUGAUAGGUAUCCUGUCCCAACGGAUACGUGGAUUGGCAAUUCGAUGCCAGAUUUUCAUCAGCGGGGUUUAUGGAUUCGCUAUGUAAUAUCAGUAUAUUGGUCAAUCACUACUCUUACCACUGUGGGUUAUGGUGAUUUGCACGCGGAGAACACAAGGGAGAUGAUAUUCAACAUUUUCUACAUGCUAUUCAACCUUGGAUUGACUGCCUAUUUGAUUGGUAACAUGACCAAUCUGGUUGUCCAUGGCACCAGCCGUACUCGAAAAUAUAGAGAUACAAUUCAAGCAGCAACCAGCUUUGCACUAAGGAAUCAGUUACCAAGUCGGCUCCAAGAUCAGAUGAUCUCCCAUCUUAGCUUGAAGUUCAGGACAGAUUCAGAAGGUCUUCAACAACAAGAGACCCUCGAUGCGCUUCCUAAGGCUAUAAGAUCCAGCAUUUCUCAGUAUCUGUUUUUCAAUCUUGUCCAAAAGGUCUACUUGUUUGAAGGGGUGUCCAAUGACCUGAUUUUUCAACUGGUUUCUGAGAUGAAAGCUGAAUAUUUUCCACCUAGGGAAGAUGUGAUUCUGCAGAAUGAAGCACCCACAGACUUUUAUAUUUUAGUUACUGGUAGCGCGGAGUUGGUAGAGUUGCGAAAUGGCGGAGAACAGAUAGCUGGAGUGGCUAAGGCAGGAGAUGUUGUUGGAGAAAUUGGGGUUCUUUGCUAUAGGCCCCAACUAUUCACAGUUCGAACAAAAUCAUUAUGCCAGCUUCUGCGUAUGAAUCGCACUGCCUUUCUCAGCCUUGUUCAAUCCAAUGUUGCAGAUGGAACAAUAAUAAUGAACAACCUUAUGCAGUUACUGAAAGAGCAGAAAGACAACAGUGUAAUGGCGGGUGUUCUGAAGGAGAUUGAGAACAUGCUAGCGCGGGGUCGUCUGGAUUUGCCAGUUACCCUCUGCUUUGCAGUAAAUAAAGGAGAUGAUUUUAUGUUACAUCAACUUUUGAAGCGUGGUUUGGAUCCAAAUGAAUCAGAUAACAAUGGGCAUACAGCACUGCAUAUAGCUGCUUCCAAAGGAGACGAACAAUGCGUCAAGCUUCUUCUAGACUACGGAGCUGAUCCAAAUGCUAGAGAUUCCGAAGGAAAAGUGCCUCUAUGGGAGGCUUUAUGUGAAAAGCAUAAUGCAGUAAUAGAGCUGUUAGUAGAGAGUGGUGCAGAGCUAUCAUCUGGAGACACAGCCUUGUAUGCUUGCAUCGCUGUUGAGGAAAAUGAUGCUGAGUUGCUUGAGAACAUUAUCCGCUAUGGUGGCAACAUAAACAGCUCAACGAAAGAUGGAACCACACCGCUGCAUCGUGCAGUCUGUGAUGGAAAUGUUCAGAUGGUUGAGUUGUUGCUGGAACACGGAGCUGACAUCAACAAGCAGGACAACAAUGGCUGGUCAGCAAGAGAUCUAGCUGAUCAGCAAGGCCAUGAUGACAUUCAGGUUCUCUUUAAAUCACGAAAAGCACAUAGGCAGCAUGCCUCAAAUGGCAGAGUGGCACCUAUGCUGAUAGGGAGGUUCAACAGUGAACCCUCAAUGCCAAAUAUGAACCAUGAAGACGCCGAAGUACGCAGCAAAGUUGUUCCACAGAAGCUCCUCAGAAAGAGGGUCAGUUUCCAAAAUUCUCUUUUCGGUGUCAUUUCUUCAUCCCAGGCCCGCCAGGACACAGGUGGUCUGCUCUCGAAAGGCCUUGCUGGAACAGGUGGCCCAAGUUGCCAUCACGACUCCCUCAUCAGGGUGACAAUCAGCUGCCCUGAGAAAGGGAAUGCUGCAGGGAAGCUUGUGCGCCUACCACGGUCGAUGACUGAGCUUCUCGAACUAGGUGCAAAGAAGUUCGACUUCAAGCCUACCAAGGUCCUGACAGUUGGGGGUGCUGAGAUUGAUGAGGUGGAGCUUAUCAGAGACGGUGAUCAUAUUGUUCUCGUCAGUAGUGACUGGGUGCCAGAUGUUGCACAAAUUAGACCUAACGAUCAAUGAGGCAACUGUGGUGCUCAAUUUCACACAAUAUGGGAAAAUAUGCCCUUGUGAUCCAAGCUGAGUAAGUAUAUAAUAAUGAUUAAAGUCACCAUUGAAGGUCUCCCACAUCGAAGAAUUGACGAGGAUGUGCAUGCCAAGUUGCCAACCUUUUUUUUUUUUGGCGAACUGCCCACCAUGUAAAUUGAAGUAUAGCUAUGAUAGUUUUGAAGCUGUAGGAUGUAUCCAGCUUGGGAAUGAAUUUGUAGUCAGUUGGUCCAGUAGACUGUAGUUUCGCCCUCUCUUCCCAAGGGAAGGGAUCCACCAAAUGUAAUUACAUGAUUUCCUUUUUCUGUCUUUCGAGAUCAAGCGUUCUCUGGAAGUGAGAAAUAUACGUGAGUCAUGAAUUUGUGAGAUACUAUCUCAUCAGUUUAUUUUAGUUGCUA